AUGAGUGGUAUCUUUACGGAAGUUUUGUUAAGUGCAAGAGAUACUUGUGAAGCAGAUAAUGAAUAUGACGGCCAAAAUUGGGGAGCAAGAAUUUCAGCCGUUUUUGUCAUCUUGGUAACAUCUGCUAUCGGUGCUUUCCUCCCUAUUUUAUCUUCCCGGUACUCCUUCAUCCGUAUGCCUUCUUGGUGCUUUUUCAUUGCUAAGUACUUUGGUUCAGGGGUUAUUGUUGCGACUGCAUUCAUUCAUUUGUUAGAGCCUGCUUCUGACAGUUUGGGCGAAGAAUGUUUAGGAUCAGGCUGGACAAAUUAUCCUUGGGCAUUUGGCAUCGCACUCAUUACGCUUUUCAUGUUGUUCUUCUUUGAGAUUUGUGCAUAUCAGUUUGUUGAAUUAAGGGUUCAAGGAAUUCAAUCGGAAAAUUCCCAUUCACAUUUUGGAGAUGCAAAUCUUUACGUCAAAAAGGAGGAACUUGAAUUAGAAAACAAGGAAGAUGAUGAGAUAUGCAACGAUGAAGUCAGGACCGAUGGUUCUAUAAAUCUUUAUCCUAAACAUUUUCAACAUGCUGCUGAGCAUCAAGAUCCUGAGGCUGUUAACACCCCCGUUAAUAUUAAAGAUAGAGAGCAAUAUUAUGGCCAAUUGCUAUCUGUUUUUGUAUUAGAGUUCGGUGUGAUAUUUCAUUCUGUUUUUGUUGGUCUCUCUUUAUCUGUAGCUGGGCCUGAGUUUAAAUCAUUAUAUAUCGUUUUGGUAUUUCAUCAAAUGUUCGAGGGUCUUGGUCUUGGAACAAGGAUCGCAACGGCACCGUGGCCCAAGAGCAAAAGAUUUACUCCAUGGUUAUUGGCUGCUGGAUAUUCUGUCUGUACCCCAAUUGCAAUUGCAAUCGGUCUUGGUGUAAGACAAUCAUAUGCUCCUGGAUCAAGAACAGCAUUGAUUACAAAUGGUAUUUUCGACUCUAUAUCUGCGGGUAUCUUAUUCUAUACUGGUAUUGUUGAAUUAAUGGCUCACGAAUUUUUGUACUCGGGUGAGUUCAAGGGCAAAGGUGGCUUUAAGAAGAUGCUUUUGGCGUAUGUCGUUCUUUGCUUUGGAGCUGGCCUUAUGGCAUUAUUAGGUAGAUGGGCUUAA